AUGUCAGAGACUUCCUCUCAUGACUCCUUCUAUGAUUCCCUAUCAGACAUGCAGGAAGAAGGCAAGAGUGCUGACUUCUUCCCUGGGCUAUCUGCUUUUCUCAGCCAGGAAGAGAUAAACAAGAGUCUUGACCUGGCCCGGAGAUCUAUAGCCAACUCUGAAACAGAAGAUUUUGACUCAGAAAAGGAGAUCUCGCAGAUUUUCAACACCUCUCCUGUAAGCCUCUGUGAAAAUCCUUCCCGUAAGGAGACCAAAUUUGGUGAGCCGACCUCCUCAGGAAGACCUCAUGAUAAUAGGCCAACACCUGUCCAGCCUCUGCCUGAACAAACCGCCCCUAUCUCUUCACCUGCUUCGAAGAGGAAACCUGCCGUGUCACCCCUGCUUGCCAGCCCCAGCUAUAUCCGGAGCCUCCGAAAGUCUGGAAAACGUGGUGCAAAAACUCCCAACACAAGUGUAAAGCCCAAACCAGCAUAUCAAAGUAAGACCGGCCCCCAGAGCCAGCUAUGUGACAAGGCGGCUAAUUUCAUUGAGGAGCUGACAUCCAUAUUUAGAGAAGCAGCAAAGCCAAGAAACAGAAGCCCAAAUGGGGAGUCCUCAUCACCAGACAGUGGGUACCUGUCUCCUAAGAAUCAGCCAUCAGCCCUGAUGAGUGCCUCAGCCAGCCAGAGCCCCACUGGAGACCAACAGGAGACGGAAGCAGAGGUCAAGUUACCUGAAGCCAGGCAUUGCUACCGGGCAGACCAGGACAAGGCAGUGCCAUGCAAUAACGUCUCUCACCCACAGCCCCAGAAUGCACUCCGCCUGCCCUCAGCUCCAAGAUUCAUCCAGAAGCUUCGAAGCCAAGAAGUGGCAGAAGGAAGUAAAGUCUACUUGGAGUGUAGAGUCACCGGAAACCCAACUCCUCGAGUCAGAUGGUUCUGUGAGGGGAAGGAGCUACAUAACACUCCCGACAUUCAGAUCCGCAGUGAGGGUGAGGACCUCCACACCCUGAUCAUAGCAGAGGCCUUUGAGGACGACACAGGUCGCUAUACCUGUCUGGCUACAAACCCCAGCGGCUCAGACACCACAUCUGCAGAGGUGUUCAUCGAAGGUGCCAGUUCAACAGAUUCUGAGAGUGAAAGUUUAGCUUUCAAAUCAAAACCUGGAGCCAUGCCACAAGCUCAAAAGAAAACAACUUCUGUUUCCUUGACAAUAGGAUCAUCAUCUCCAAAGACAGGAGUGACCACAGCUGUGAUUCAACCAUUAUCUGUCCCUGUUCAACAGGUUCACAGUCCAACCUCGUAUCUCUGCCGACCUGAUGGAACCACUCCUGCGUGCUUUCCUCCUAUUUUUACAAAGGAACUGCAAAACAUAGCUGCAUCAGAGGGUCAAGUGGUGGUCCUGGAGUGCCGGGUCCGAGGAGCACCCCCUUUGCAGGUCAAGUGGUUCCGACAAGGGAGUGAAAUCCAAGACUCUCCAGACUUCAGAAUUCUACAGAAAAAACCUAGAUCUACGGCCGAACCUGAGGAGAUCUGUACCCUGGUUAUCGCUGAGACUUUCCCUGAAGACGCAGGGAUCUUUAUGUGCUCAGCAAGAAAUGAUUACGGCUCAGUAACCAGUACUGCCCAGCUGAUUGUCACCUCAGCCAACACUGAAAACUGCAACUAUGACUCAGUGGGAGAAUCCAACAGUGAUCACUUCCAACACUUUCCACCUCCCCCUCCAAUCUUGGAGACAAGUUCCUUUGAGUUGGCUUCAAGGAAACCAUCCCAGAUCCAGCAGGUGAACAGCCCGGAGUUAGGACUUAGCAUGGCAGCCCUUCAAAUGCAGUUCAAUUCUGCUGAGAGGGAGACAAAUGGAGUCCAUCCCAGCCAUGGAGUAAAUGGACUGAUUAACGGCAAAGCUAACAGUAAUAAAUCUCUGCCAACACCAGCUGCCCUCCUUUCACCCACUAAGGAGCCACCACCUCUGCUUGCCAAACCCAAGCUGGGAUUUCCAAAGAAGGUCAAUAGAACUGCUCGAAUAGCUUCUGAUGAGGAGAUUCAAGGCACAAAGGAUGCUGUCAUUCAAGACCUGGAACGAAAACUUCGCUUCAAGGAGGACCUCCUGAACAACGGCCAGCCGAGGUUAACAUAUGAAGAAAGAAUGGCUCGUCGAUUACUAGGUGCCGACAGUGCAACUGUUUUUAAUAUUCAGGAGCCAGAGGAGGAAACAGCUAAUCAGGAAAUUGGGUCUCCUCAUGCUUCUGUAGGGAGUCCUCUGGAUGGUCAAAAGGAAUAUAAAGUCUCCAGCUGUGAACAGAGACUCAUCAGUGAAAUCGAGUACAGGCUAGAAAGGUCCCCUGUGGAUGAAUCAGGUGAUGACGUCCAAUAUGGGGACACACCUGUGGAAAAUGGAGUGGCACCGUUCUUUGAGAUGAAGCUGAAACAUUACAAGAUCUUUGAGGGAAUGCCUAUAACUUUCACAUGCAGAGUGACUGGGAAUCCAAAGCCAAAGAUCUAUUGGUUUAAAGAUGGAAAGCAGAUCUCUCCAAAGAAUGAUCACUACACCAUUCAAAGAGAUCUUGACGGGACCUGCUCUCUCCAUACCACAGCCUCCACCCUAGAUGAUGAUGGCAAUUACACAAUUAUGGCUGCAAACCCUCAGGGCCGCAUCAGUUGUACAGGAAGGCUGAUGGUACAGGCUGUCAACCAAAGAGGUCGCAGCCCCCGCUCUCCCUCAGGCCAUCCUCAUGUCAGAAGGCCUCGUUCUAGAUCAAGAGACAGUGGAGACGAAAAUGAACCAAUUCAGGAGCGAUUCUUCAGACCUCACUUCUUGCAGGCUCCUGGAGAUCUAACUGUUCAAGAAGGAAAACUUUGCAGAAUGGAUUGUAAAGUCAGUGGGUUACCAACCCCAGAUCUAAGCUGGCAACUAGAUGGAAAACCUAUACGCCCCGACAGCGCUCACAAGAUGCUUGUGCGUGAGAACGGAGUGCACUCCCUGAUCAUCGAGCCAGUCACAUCACGGGAUGCUGGCAUCUAUACAUGUACAGCCACUAAUCGAGCAGGACAAAACUCAUUCAGCCUGGAGCUUGUAGUUGCUGCUAAAGAAGCACACAAACCCCCUGUGUUUCUCGAGAAGCUGCAAAACACAGGAGUUGCUGAUGGGUACCCUGUGCGACUGGAGUGCCGUGUUUCAGGCAUGCCGCCGCCUCAGAUAUUUUGGAAGAAAGAAAAUGAAUCACUCACUCACAGCACUGACCGAGUGAGCAUGCACCAGGAUAAUCAUGGCUACAUCUGCCUGCUCAUUCAGGGAGCCACAAAGGAAGAUGCUGGGUGGUAUACGGUGUCAGCCAAGAAUGAAGCAGGGAUUGUGUCCUGCACUGCCAGGCUGGACGUUUACACCCAGUGGCACCAGCAGCCACAGAGCACCAAGCCAAAAAAAGUACGGCCCUCAGCCAGUCGGUAUGCAGCGCUUUCGGACCAGGGACUGGACAUUAAAGCAGCCUUCCAACCUGAGGCCAGCCCAUCUCACCUGACACUGAGUACUGGCCUGGUGGAAAGUGAGGACCUGUAAUCCAACAUUCAUAUUAAAGCUGAGACACUGAAACAGCCAUUGCCUUGACCAACAUAUUCCUUUGUCACAUUACGUAAAGGGCAAAAACAUACCUUUGACUGUAAAAAACAACCACCAAAAUAAUAUUUUUCUUACCUGAUAUACCAAACUUAGAGUUUAAGUAGGUGAUGCUAAUAGACAUGUACACAUUGCACAGAAAAUUCACAUUCAUCAUCCAAUUUAAAACUUUUGGAAUUUCUGUGAUGAAGGCGAUCUGAAAUGCCAAAACGCUAAUGGAAAUCAACUGUUCAAAGGUAACCAGAAUUUGUAUUCUCAGAUGUGUCUUCAAACACUAGCUAUAGGUGCUACAUAGCAUGAUAGUGUGGAAUGCUUAACACGAGGCAGUUGUACAAGUAAUACUGAAAGGACUCUAAAUGGGCAGUGUAUUCAGACAGCUACAGUGAACCAAGUGCAAUAUGUGGGGAUGAAAAGGAAGAGGAAAUGACAAAUCCAAGUAAAUGCCUUGUCUUUACAAAUUGUUUUAUGUUAAAUCAUAAGGAAGAAAUUACUUGCCUUAAAUCUUAUUAAUAUCAAGAGUUUUUCUAACAAGGUUGAUACCUUAGUUCUUAACUUUUCUUUUUCUUUAUGUGUAGUAUUUUCUUUUCAUGCUACCUUGGUAGGAAGCGUACUUACAAACCAUAUUAAAAGGCUAAUUUAAAUAUAAAUAAUAUAAAGUAUUCUGAAUAAAGCAGAACUAUAGUACAGUCCAUUCCACAGAAGACAUACCACUCACCCAAAUGGCCAAGGCAUAUAGUAUUCAGAGGAAAGACGGGCUGGGAAGGAGUAGGAAGAAAGAAGGAAAAUGCUACCGGCACACUUCUAUUCAUCGAGAUAAAAGUAGGUGGGGCAGGAGACAGUGGUGGAGGCCAGACUUUUCUUUGGUUUUCCUCAACAUUAAUCUGAAGUAUAGGUGGAAAAACGCUGCCAUUCAAAAGUCGGGGGGGUCGGGUCUAGGGUCAGCUGGGAGAUUGGCGCACAUAUGCUAUGGAAGUUUCAGUGUGUCUGACGUCUGUGUAGUCGCUGAAGAGGUUAGAUGUGUUGAGCAAGUGGAAAAUGGGCCGAGACUGCAAGAUUGGCAUCAGUGAGAAACUGUCUGUGGGGGCUAGUCUACUCGAGGGAAAUGGAUUCUUGGGAGAGACAAAAACAGGUUUGUGCCAUCACCUAUUUUUUUCCCAACGGCACCGUGAUAUGGUAAAUGGAAAAUAUUAGUUCACUUCCAUGCUGCCAUGAAACCUUGCCUUAAGAAGGUGCUACGUUCCAGGUAAUUUGUAAAGGCAUCUCUGCAAAGACUGCUUUUUGAAUGCGUAUUGAUCCUUGCAACAGCUAGAUUGAAUGGAUUCUGACCAGACUUGAUGGCUUUAAGUCGGAACCAAUAAAUUUUAGAAAGGAGAAAAAGCAAUUUGGCCGGAUAUUAUGGUAUUUUAAGACAUGAGGUUUUUAAUGGUACUUUGUGAUGAAAAGAAAACACUGUAUUCCUUAUGCAAAACAUAUAUCUUUCAUUAUUUAUAAUAAAAAUGUUGAACUGUCUUAGCUCAGUUAAUUCAGUACGUAGUAUUUUUUAAAAUAAUUUUAUAUCUGUGUACCACCCCAUAUAUUUCAUAUUACUGCUUCACAUGUACAGCUUUCUACUUCUUUGUAAGAACACCAACCAACCAAGUUUUAAAUGAUUCAUAGGCUUGAUCACUGGGUGGCAGAUGUUCUUUGCAGAGUGGUGCAAGUUUCUUUGACCACGCUUAUAUGCGUUGCUAAUAUGGAAUUUAAGAUACCAUACAAAGUCUUUCAUGGACCUAUCUAUAUUGUAGAAUUAUGACUUACGUCAUAUCUUACUUGCCAAAUUUUUCUGAAUGUGACUGCUAAUUUGCUGGGUUGGGGAUUAAGUAGCAUUAUUUGCCACCUUUUAUGUUGUAUUUAUAAAAAAAAAAGUACUAUCAUACUACUUUGGAUUGUUGUGCUGGUGUAAUGUGGAUUUAACAUCAAUAAAUAUUUAACAAAUAA